AUGCCGCGCUCCUUCCUGGUGGACUCGCUGGUGCUGCGCGAGGCAGGCGAGAAGAAGGCCCCGGAGGGCAGCCCGCCGCCGCUCUUUCCCUACGCCGUGCCCCCGCCGCACGCGCUGCACGGCCUCUCGCCCGGCGCCUGCCACGCGCGCAAGGCCGGGCUGCUGUGCGUGUGCCCGCUUUGCGUCACCGCCUCGCAGCUGCACGGGCCCCCCGGGCCGCCCGCGCUGCCUCUGCUCAAGGCAUCCUUCCCGCCCUUCGGCUCGCAGUACUGCCACGCGCCCCUAGGCCGCCAGCACUCGGCCGUGUCGCCCGGGGUCGCUCACGGCCCCGCUGCCGCCGCUGCCGCCGCCGCGCUCUACCAGACCUCCUAUCCGCUGCCCGACCCCCGGCAGUUCCACUGCAUCUCCGUGGACAGCAGCUCCAACCAGCUGCCCAGCAGCAAGAGGAUGCGCACCGCGUUCACCAGCACGCAGCUGCUAGAGCUGGAGCGCGAGUUCGCCUCUAACAUGUACCUGUCCCGCCUGCGCCGCAUUGAGAUCGCCACCUACCUGAAUCUGUCCGAGAAGCAGGUGAAGAUCUGGUUCCAGAACCGCCGGGUGAAGCACAAGAAGGAGGGCAAAGGCAGCAACCACCGCGGCGGCGGCGGGAGCGCGGGCGCGGGCACUGGCCCACCGCAAAGCUGCAAAUGCGCGUCGCUCUCCUCAGCCAAGUGCUCCGAGGAUGACGACGAAUUGCCCAUGUCUCCGUCCUCUUCGGGGAAAGAUGACCGGGAUCUCACGGUCACUCCCUAG